AUGAAAGCCGCCGUUCUUUCCCUGUUGGCUAUUGCCGCUCAGAAAGUUGCUUCCCAUGCAACCUUCCAAGCUCUUUGGGUCGAUGGAUUUGGAGGGCAAUGCGCGAGAUUGCCACUGUCGAACUCACCCGUCACAAAUGUCGCUUCUAACGAUGUCCGUUGCAACGCGAACAGUGGCCCUGUAGCUCGGAAGUGUGUCGUCAAAGCUGGAUCCUCAGUGGUUGUUGAGAUGCACCAGCAACCCAAUGAUCGAUCCUGCGCUCAAGAGGCCAUUGGCGGCGCACACUACGGCCCAGUGAUGGCGUACAUGACCAAGGUCUCCGACUCGUCGUCGGCCGACGGGUCUACUGGCUGGUUCAAGGUCUACCAAGACGGCUGGGCUGCGAAGGCUGGAAGCGCCAACGGAGAUGGCGACAACUGGGGCUCAAAGGACAUGAACACCUGCUGUGGCAAGGUCCAAGUCAAGAUCCCCUCCGACAUCCCCGCCGGAGACUACCUCCUUCGUGCCGAAUCUAUUGCCUUGCACGCGGCUGGUUCGAGCGGAGGUGCCCAGCUGUACAUGACUUGCUUCCAGCUUACCGUUACCGGAGGAGGAAGUGCUUCCCCAGGAACUGUGUCAUUCCCGGGCGCCUACAAAGCCAGCGACCCUGGUCUGCUGGUCGACAUCCACCGCGCUCUUGCAACUUACGUCGUUCCGGGCCCUACGGUCUACAGCGGAGGCACAACGAAGAGCGCAGGAGCAGCUUGUGUUGGCUGUGAGUCGACUUGCACGGCUGGAUCGGGUCCCACGGGAACUGCAUCCGCCGUUCCUCAGCCGACCACCACAGGAGGCAGUGGAGGUGGUCUCCCCGGAUGUACUGUUGCUAAGUUCGGGCAAUGCGGUGGUCAGGAUUACACCGGAUGCACAACCUGUGUUUCUGGUUCAACAUGUCAAGGAGUUUCCCCUCCCUACUACUACCAGUGUGCUUGA